AUGGAAGGUCACUGUCAAAUGAAAAUUAGUGAAGAUAGCAAUUUUACAGAUGUUUUGUUGAGCUUCCUGACUUUGCCAUUGGGGACUAUCGUCAGAGUCUUGAAUAAACACUAUGGUUAUGAGGCCCCUGUUUUAGGAAGCCUAACAACUUUGUACAACGGAAUACGCGAUUUGGACAAUGGCCUUUUCUUGUCAGAGGAUUGUAAGAACCUGCUGCUCAACCCGAUAAGGUCGUCCGAAGACGAAUUUCGUCGGUUGAAAAUCAAUGUUGACGACACGCCGCCCACAAGGUACUUCAGAUGUGGAGGUGGAGGCACAAUGUGUUUUAGUAUAUUUCCGAACGUAAGCAUGUACUUUAGUGGAUUGAAAUGUAAUUGCGGAAGACCGCUGGACAAAAAAAUUUACGUGAGAGGUGUGGAUGAUAGUAGCGGCGGUGUGUUUAUUGCAAGUAAAGCAUCCUUAAUCAUUACUGAUGAUCUUCAAAUAUUGCCUAGCGCGACGAAUACUGUUGUGCAAAUUCUCCGCAACUCAGGUAUUACAGAUGCAACCGGGAUCAAGGAAAGGAGUGUGACUUUAGGAUUCAAUGAGAUAAUGAAUUUGUUGAAGGGGUCAUUAGUUUCUCGGGCACCAUUCACGGAACUUAUUCUAAAAAAGAACUCGAUGAAACAUGUUGCGACGAAUUACAGAAUAGGUGUCCCACCGGUUGAUCUGAACAAAAAACUGAUGGAACCUUUCAGUGAUAAGAAAAUGACUAUGAAAGCCAUUGUAUUGGCUAAUAAGCUACUGUUUGCUGAAGUUGAUGGUGAUUUUGUGGAUUUCCUAUUUAGCCUGCUGGCUCUCCCCUUAGGAAGGGUCGAGUGGCUAUUGGGCUGUGACACACGUCUUUCAAAUGCAGACAAAUUGUACAGAAGUGUAGCGAAUGGGAGAAACGAUAAGUACUUGAAGAACAAAUACGUAACGAAAGCCCAGCUACUGAAGCCUAAGGUGCCAUUAUGUUACUAUUCGAGAACACACUCUCUCUCACCGACUGAAGUAUAUUUUCCAGAUUUGUAUUAUUUUUAUGAUAAUGGUGGCUGUCUGUCACCUUUGCCCUCGUUGCACCUAUUUUCUGGUCGCUAUGUGUCUUCUUAUAAGUUUCCGGAAGGCCAGGUGACCAAACGUAAUGGCCAAUGGGUGUCUAAUUCUACAUUUGCAGAAGGGAAAGCAAAAUAUGUAAACGGAACAACUAUGUAUAUGGUGACCGACGAUUUAACUGUGACUCCCUUGUCUUCCACAUCCGGCCUUUCAGUUCUCAAUAGCCUCAAAAUCCCGUUGUCAGAAGUCAAGGAACUUGAGCUGGUUGUUGGUUUGAAAGAGGCACUGAGCAUACUGAAAGCAUCUCUGACUUCGUCUCGCGCCUUAACAGAUGGCCUCAUCACUCCAUUUUUAAUGAUGAAAAAGCCGAAGCAAGAGGGCUGA